AGUCACAUGAAAUACGUUGACUCUCCCUCUCUCUCCAAACAGCGAAUACUAUAAUCAUUGGCGACAACCACUUAUGAAAGUAGUGAUUUGUGUAAAUAAGAUAUUCGAGUGACUAUCGGAAAGGACUUGCUUUCAAGCGUAAACAAGGACUUAAGAUGGAUGCAGUCUCAGGGAAAAAGGCACCCGAGGGAGCAGGAUCUGUCUCUGACCACACCUUCUGCCAGCCAUGUGCGAACGAUGGCAAGAACAUCCCUCCUGAUGCCUUCUGUACCGUCUGCAAGGAGUUCCUGUGCUCCACCUGUGCCCGAGUACACAGGAACAUGAAGUUUACAAAGAGCCACGCCCUCCAGGACAAGAGCAAUAUGCCUUCCUCAUUCCAUGCUGACAGAGAGGAAGAUGAGUUUACAGAAACAUGUCAGCUCCAUGCUAAAGAGUUCAUAAAAUACUACUGUCCCAACCAUAAGGCACUUCUGUGUGGUGACUGCGUAGUUGAUAAUGAAGAACAUCAGUCUUGUAAAGUAAAGAAGGUUUCUCAAUUGGCAAAACGAUACAAAGAGGGUGCAGAAUACAACAGUCUGAAAAAAGGUAUUAUGCAGAUGGUCAAUGACAUUGAAAACUAUUCAUCGUACAUAGAGGCGAGCAUGAAAUCAGUUAACGAGGAAAACAUUACCAAUAUCAAUGAGCUUCGACAAUUCAGACAUGAGAUCAACCAAUUAUUGGAUAAGAGGGAGAAAGAGUUAUUGGAAGAAAUUGAUCGGAAGAAACGGGAAUCCAUGACAUUGCUAAAUGAACUGACAGCAAACUGUCAAGACAUGAGAUCUGCCACUGAGAAGCUCAAGGCAGAACUAAUAGCACAUGAAGUCAACAACAACCAGCUGUUUGUUUCUGGAACAAGGGCGCUUAAGGAGUUUGUCGGUCUACAGUCAGCCUUUGGGGAAUUCCGAGGACGAAGAACCGUUAUAUUCUCCAAGUUCAUCAGGGACCCUGCCAGUGAAAAGCUGUUUGCCUCGUGCACCACAAUAGGCAGAGUGGAACAAGUGGCGUCAGAUUUGGCAGACCAGCAGACAAAACUGCAGGGGCCAGGAAAGCAACUUAAUACAGUCUUAAACAUGAGUCAUGCAGAACUAAGACAGUCCCAGUUCAGCAGGAUGCCUGACAUUCCAGUAAAUAUUUUAACUGAAACCAGUGACUGCAUCCUAACCAGUAUGGCCCUUCUGCCGGGGGUCAGGCUCCUUCUGACUGACUGCCGCAAUAACUCAGUGAAGCUGGUGGACACCCCUACCAACAAGGUGGUGUCCCAGGUGAAACUGCCAGGUCAGCCGUGGGAUAUGUGUCUACUGCCCGGAGAUAGGGCAGCCAUCACACUGCCUAUGGAGGGGAAGAUACAGUUUGUAUCUACUAAGGGAAAUGUCACCCUACAGAAUGUUGUUGAAGUAAAUGGAACAUGUCGGGGAAUAGAUUUCAUUGACCACAACUUGAUAGUGUCUUUCUCCUACCCAGGUAAGGUUGUGUUGAUGGACAUGAAGGGAAAGGUGAAGAAGAGUGUGGACAAUGAUAGUAGUGGAAAGCCUUUGUUUCAGUAUUCCUACUAUCUGACAGUGACCAGAGAUAGCCACACUCCGGCAAUUUAUGUCUCACACUGGGACACCAACGCCAUAACCAAGCUGAGCAUCUCACUAGAGGUGCUCCAGUCCUUCAAGGAUCCGAUACUGAGAAGACCGUAUGGUCUAACAGCCGUGGGAGACAACCAGCUGCUCGUGUGUGGGUGGGACAGUGACAACAUCAUGUUACUGGACACUUUCACCAGAGAGAUAACCAAACUGCUGGGGAAGGAAGAGGGGAUAGAGAGGCCACACAUUGUGGCUUACUGUCCACAAAAAAAAAAUGAUGUUUGCCAACUGCUGCCAUGGCAGCAGACCUGAAUUGGACAAUUUCGUGAAAGUCUUUAAAGUUUCUUAACAAUUGCUUCUACUUUGAUGGCAUUUUGAAAAUGUUGUUUAUGCUUUAAUGACUAUGUCACUUAAACCUGCACUAUCACAGAUUGACCGUUUUAAUAUAUUUCCUUUAGUUUUUGUUUCAGAAUCAGCUGAUUUUGGCGUCAAUCCCUUCAAUACAGUCAUACAUGUUUAAGAUAACUCACAAUACGACAAAUCUCAGGUUUGUUUUGGUAAACUGCAAAAUAGUUCAUAUUAUUAAAGCGUUAGUAACGGUUUUAAUUAUAAAACAUUUUUUAACGUAAAUGUAAAAAACAAAUCUUUUUUAUGAUCUUUUGUCAGCCAUCAUUCAUUUUCGGACAUUGACACAAAACAGGCUUAUUUCAACAAUAACAAAAACAAUAACAAUAACCUGUCAAUAUGGUCAUACUAUGGUAUUGCAGCUUUAAAGCGACUUUUCUCAAGAUAGGCUGAAAUUGUCAAUGCAAGCUAGAAGGAGACUGAUAAUACAUCAUUUUACUUAAUUAAAAGAAUACACGCAACAAUCAUAUUGCUAUCUAAUCAGAAAAUUCCCGUUCAGAAAAAGGGCAUAAUUUUUUCCCAGUUUAAAUCAUAUUUGUGUUAUGAGUCAAGAUAAAUAUACCCAUUUAAACCCACGCCACUUAAAAGUACUUCGAUUUACGUGGUAAACAACCCUAGUAAAUUUCGAGCUUGAAAAAUGCGCAAAAACUGCGAAAGAUACAUGUUUCGUAAGCGGUGUGAUACAUCAGUUAGUAAGAUUUAAUGCAUUGUAAAGAAAGGUGGCAAUUUUAUAUCUUUGACAAUUUUCUAUUUUUCUUGCAAAUGUAUCGUCUGGUAUCUUGUCCCUUUAAAAAACUGUAUUGUUAUUAUUAUCUUUACAAACCCAACAACUGAUGUCUUAUUAAUCGCAGUUGUUUGAUCAUGAUAUCAUUCAAUACCAAUGCUAUAUCAUUUUAUUAUAUACCUAUUUCUGUCCUUGUUUCAACAGUGAAAACACAGCACGCUUUAUUGAAAAUUUCUAACCAUGCUAUUGCCAUUUUUUAAACCCAUUAUAUAAGCAUAGUAACAUGUGUUGAGAGCUCACUUUUGUAGACGGAUGUUUAUUCAAGGUUUUUACAAUAUAAACUUCUCAUUCAGAAGCAUAUUUGUUCAUGCACUUAUACGAGUGAUACAAAACAUUUCAUUAUUUUCGGUAAAUUUAAAUAUCUUUGCCAAUUAUUUAAGGAGUCGGCCUUCACACAAAUGUGUUGUCUUGGCUGCAAAUUAAGCUGUGCAACAUUGCUCAAAUCGCCUUGAUGAUAUGAAUGGCAUGUGCUACAAUAAUGUAGUUACAUGUAUCUUCUUUAAACUGUUUUCCAUGUUUCAAUUCAAUGUUCGUGCUUUGAAAUGUAAAUGUAGUGUAUAGCGUUUUAAGAUAUUUUACCUCUAUUGUUGUACAAUAGAAAGGUCAAAAUCCACAUAUGUUUUCCUUUUAUUAUUUAACUAGUUCCCGUGUUAGUUUGGUUUUCCCGUAGUCAUAUUUAGUAGAGGUCAUGCAAUCCCAGAAUGAAGCUGCUCAUCCUACGGAAAGACCCUUCUUUGACGCAUAAUGCUAUUUUACCAGGAAUCCAUCUCAUUUCACAUUGUUUGCAAAUAUGAAG